AUGUCUGAGUCCCCCCUGGCAAACACGACUCCUCCCAGACUGAACUCGUCUGAGACCAAAGGCAGAGGAGCUCUGCUGUCGGACAUCUGCAAAGGCACCAGGCUGAAGAAGGUCGGGGUGGUCAACGACCGGAGCGCCCCGAAUCCGGAGGAGGAGGAGGAGGCGGAGGAGGAGGAGGAGGUGGCGGCAGUAGUGGAGGUUUCGGAGGUGGAGGGCCAAUGGGAAUGGGGGGUCUUUUCCAAGGAGGUGUGCCUAAAUUACGCCCAGUUGGAGGUAUAUUUCCGUAGAUAUCACAAUAUUCAAAACCAUGCUGGCGGGUCCGUGGGCAGAUCUGCCCUGCGGCCCCCCGGCUCCCGGCCCACAGCCCCUCGCCCCCCCACCGGCCGGUCCACCUCGCCGUCCCCGGGCAGCAGGCCGUCCCCCCCGGAGCAGCCGCGCUCCCACCGCCCCUCGCUCCCCGACAUCUCCCGCCCCCCCGCCGGCAGCUCCUCCUCCAGCGGCAGCGGAAUGAAGCACAGCACCUCCGCGCCCCCCCCUCCUCCGCCCUUCAUGAGAGGGGGCCGUGGCAACGCUCCUCCGACCCCCAACCAGAAAGCGCCGGCCCCGCCAUCCUCAUCCUCCUCCUACAGCCGGGAGAAGCCCCUCCCACCGACGCCCAGCAGAGGCCCCACCCCCCCCAGUGCCAUGAAGCAGCCCCCGUCCUCCAGCGGGUCGGCUGGAGGCGGUAACUCUGCGCCGCCGCCGCCCCCUCCACCCUACAGGCCGCAUCCGUCGGCCGGCGUCUCCAACGGGCCGUCUCACCCGGACGGGGGGGGCGCCCCGCACCUCCCCCAGAGACACAACUCCCUGCGCAAAAAACACUCCUCGGCCAGCAGCAACCAAGGACGCAGCCACGCCCCGCCGCCGCCGCCGUCCCCGUCCCCGUCGUCCCAGGGGGUCAGCAGGCCCCCGCCGCCGGUCAGACAGCCGCCGGGACGCAGAGCAGCCCCCCAGGUGCCUUCCUCCGGGUCUCGUAACGGUGGACGGGAGGUCCCUCCCCCUCCACCCCCAUAUCGGGGCCACAGCUCUGUGACCUCGGAGCCCCCCAGCCGAAUGGGGAAACCGAAUCCUCCCCCCCUCCUCCACCUCCUCCUCCUCAUCUUCCCGGACCCCAGCUGGACCUCCUCCACCUCCCCCACCCAUCCGAAACGGUCCAUCAUGGAUGAUUUUGAAUCCAAGUUCAACUUCCACCCCAUCGAGGAUCUCCCACCUCCAGAGGACUACAGGCCCUUCAGCAAAGUGUACCCCAGCAAAACCAACAAGGAUAGAAUCAACCAUGAGAGGAGCCCCUCCAGCCCCGCCGGUGGGGAGGUGAACAUUCCCUCCGCCUGGAAAAAACGAACUCUGUCCGCCGACCCGUCGGGAGGUGGGGACGGAGCAGCACUCGACUCACAAACACACUACACGCACUAACACUUAAAACCACCAGCCCGGAGCACAGCGGCAACCACCCCAGCGCUCUGCGCUUUUGUCUUUGCAUGAGAACAAAAAACAAAAAAAAAGAGAAACCACUGAAGGAAGCCAGAAAGGCCCUCAGCUCGGCCUGACUCCACAUAUCAGGACCAAACACUGAACACUUCCAGAUCUCUGCAUUCCACUUC